GUGAUCACUCAUUCACGUCGCCGAAAUGUCGUACUUUUCUCAGCCGACCACAACUUCGCCGAAAGUUCGACGCAUUCGAGACUUGAUCAAUCGACAAGCGAGUCUCAAAGCGAACAAGAAUGACUCGAACUCAAGCUUCUACCGACUCACGACACAAAGUUCGAGCGGAUACAAGCUACCGAUGCAAAUCGAUCACAAACCCAAGCUCGCCAGUCAACCAUCCCUCAUCGAGGAACUGGAGACCAAGACCAGAUUUCCCAUCACCAUCGGAACCUCACCUCGAUCCGCAAGCCUGGCCAAGUGUGACUGGCAACAGCAGUCGCCACUAUUCCAGCUCCCGCAAGAACUACGCCGUCUCAUCUUUGAAUUCGCAACAUCAUCCCACGACGAUCCGAACCACAACAGCAUCUCUGGAGGCCGAGUUGCCGCUCAACCCGGUCGCUUCAAGAAACAAAGAGUCUCUACCUCCCUCCUCCGAACAUGUCGCCGAGCUUGGUUGGAGGCCAACGCUCUACCUCUUCGGAACUUCGAGCAUCGCUUCUGGUUUUGCAGCGUGUACUCCGACGCCGGACAAGAGUGGACGAAACUCUCACCGGCAGAUGAGGACGCGCGGUUAUGGAAGCUGCUCACUACAUUUACGCCCAACAACCGUCGCAACUUUGAGCACCUAAGGCUCUUCGCUUCGAUGUGGUGGUUGGAGAAUAAGGCCGUGGAGUACCUCCCGAUUCUGCUGGGUGUUUCCGGAGCGUGUCCGAGGGUUUUGACGAUUACGGUGCGACAUACCGAUUUGUGGCUCGUUGAGGAAGGGCGUGGAAUAGAUGUUCGGGAGGAGUGGCUGCAGAGGUUAUUGAAUGCGCCGUCCUUGGAGAGGCUACAGGAGAUCCGACUGGAAGUGGAAGCAUUGGACGAUACGCCUCGGCAGGCUAUUCUGGGCUCGAGAGCUGGUGUGGUGGAACUCGCGGUCGAGAAGUAUCGCGCGGUGAGGACGGAAGCAAGAUUGACCGAGAGUGGAAAUUUGAGGCAGUUUGAGCUGCGGAAUAUUCGGGAGGAGAUCCGGAAGUCGGGAGUGGAGGAUUUGGAUAUCAGGCUGGCCAAGGUGUGGCCGAAAGGGUUCCACCUUGAUUAUCGAUCGUGGACGUUGGUGUGGAAGGCAGCCGACGCAUCGACCAUUCUCGGAACGCCGAUGCUGUCAAAACACCGGGAGGAUGCCUGGAUCAAACGUGCGAUGGAGCAGCACAGACACGAUGGCGAGCAUGGAGCUGCGAAACACACACGGGCUGCGAUGAUGUGUCUGCGUGAAUGGCAGGAUGAACGCAGCUUGUUGAAACUUGGGCGAGAGACAAUCAAGGCCGGGUAUCUCUCAGGAGCCAAGCGGCAGGUGUCUCUUCGGGGUUCGCUGUCUAACCUUCUAUAA